GCGCCGCCCCUCACUCGCUUCCUGGCCGCCUGUCGUGCGGUCGUGCCGCGCCGCUCCGCUCCGCACCCGCCUCUGUUCCCUCACCAUGCCGGGGUCUCUUCCUCUGAAUGCCGAAGCCUGCUGGCCUAAAGAUGUGGGAAUUGUUGCCCUCGAGAUCUAUUUUCCUUCUCAAUAUGUCGAUCAAGUGGAGCUGGAGAAAUUCGAUGGAGUCGACGCCGGAAAAUACACCGUUGGUUUGGGCCAGGCCAAGAUGGGUUUCUGCUCGGACAGGGAAGACAUUAACUCGCUGUGCUUGACUGUGGUUCAGAAUCUGAUGGAGAGGAGCAACCUUUCCUACGACUGCAUUGGCCGAUUAGAGGUCGGCACGGAGACGAUCAUCGACAAGUCCAAGUCCGUGAAGACAGUGCUGAUGCAGCUGUUUGAAGAUUCUGGGAACACAGAUAUCGAAGGCGUCGAUACCACAAACGCCUGCUAUGGCGGCACUGCUGCCGUCUUCAAUGCGAUUAACUGGGUUGAAUCCAGUUCUUGGGAUGGCCGCUACGCUCUGGUUGUUGCAGGAGAUAUUGCCGUGUACGCCACGGGAAACGCUAGGCCAACAGGUGGAGCAGGAGCGGUUGCUAUCCUUAUUGGCCCAAAUGCCCCGUUAAUUUUUGAACGAGGGCUGCGUGGGACACACAUGCAACAUGCCUAUGACUUUUACAAACCCGAUAUGAUGUCUGAGUAUCCCGUGGUUGAUGGUAAACUGUCCAUUCAGUGCUACCUCAGUGCCUUGGAUCGCUGCUAUUCCGUCUACCGCAACAAGAUUCGUGCUCGUUGGCAAAAGGAGGGAAAUGAUAGCGAUUUUACCUUGAAUGAUUUUGGCUUUGUGAUCUUUCAUUCACCCUACUGUAAACUUGUUCAGAAAUCUCUAGCACGUUUAUUGCUGAAUGAUUUCCUAAGUAGCCAAAAUAAGGACAUGAAGACUGAACUCUUUAAUGGCCUGGAAGCCUUUGGGGAUGUUAAAUUGGAAGACACAUACUUCGAUCGCGAUGUGGAAAAGGCGUUUAUGAAGGCUAGUGCCGAGCUCUUUAAUCAGAAAACUAAAGCUUCUCUUCUCAUGUCUAAUCAAAAUGGAAACAUGUACACUCCUUCAGUGUAUGGCUCCCUUGCUUCUGUUUUAGCACAGUACUCUCCUCAACAGCUGGCAGGACAGAGGAUUGGUGUUUUCUCCUAUGGGUCUGGUUUUGCUGCUACUCUGUACUCUCUCAAAGUUACUCAAGAUGCCACACCAGGUUCUUCCUUGGAUAAAAUAACUUCUAGUCUGUGUGAUCUUGAGUCAAGACUUGACUCAAGAACCUGUAUCUCACCAGAAGUCUUUGCUGAAAAUAUGAAGCUAAGAGAGGAAACUCAUCACUUGGUCAAUUACAUUCCCCAGAGUUCAGUGGAUGGGCUCUUUGAGGGGACGUGGUACCUUGUAAGAGUGGAUGAAAAGCACAGAAGGACAUAUGCUCGGCGUCCCUUGCCAAAUGAUGGUGCUUUAGAUGCAGGAGUAGGGCUUGCGCACGCCAGCAAGACUAAUGAGCACAUCCCAAGCCCUGCUAAGAAAGUGCCAAGACUCCCUGCAACAGCAGACCCAGAAGCAGCUGCCAUUAGCAACGGAGAGCACUAAAACACCUCUGUGAGGUGGAAAAUUUUCCUGGGGGUGGAGGGGAAGGGAGCAAAAGGAGACAGGGUGGGGUAUGUUGGGAAAACUUAAAGGGUUUACCUAUGCUGAAGUUUUUGAUGUGACUUAGAGCUUGAUGAGCUAUCGUAUCUGAGAGGCUUUCUGUUCAGUUUGCUGACACAUUUCCUGUUGUGGUUAUGUAACACUAAAGCAUGAAAAUUGGAAAGAUGUUAAGGGCUCUGUAUAAACCUUCAUACCUCUGGCUCUGGCUAUUUGUAAAAUGAGGUUUGGCAUUUUAGCGUGAUAAAAUGAACUGGGCUCCUAGCAGAAGAAGGGCGGUACUAGUUUUCUCCCUCUUCCACUUUUUUUUAUAUGAGAAGAUAUUUAAACUGCUAAAAACUUGGCAUAGGUUUCCUCGCCCAGGAAAUAUGUACCUUUAGACGUUGUUUAUAGAGGAUAAAACUUGAAAAUGGUGGGGCCAGAAAUGUCCUGACUCUGCUAUUCCCUUUUAAAGGAAGAGUUGAGCAGUUUGGACAAGAUCCAGCUCAGUAGUGACCAGAAGUUCUAAUAGCCUAUGUGAACUGAGUUGAUCUGUCUUGAUCGGAUUCCUUAGAGGCAUAAAAAUAAUAUCACCCUAUUUCUUCCCUAUCGUAGAAGUCGUGUGUGUGUCUGUCUGUACGUCUGUCUGUGCCUGUCCUUGCUCUACUGCUCCUUGAUUAUUAUUCCUUAAUGGUUUAUUUGGUGGCACGGCUGAGACUGGAAGGCUGGGCCGCUGCGGUUCUUUUUUUGCACCUUAUUUUGAGUGAAGGAGGUGGGGUUUUCAACACCUUUUCAUUAGCAUGAAGUCCUUUACUCCUGGGGGUUUUUGUUUUGUUUUGCAUAAAACACUUUCAAGAUCCAGGCAUAUUUUAAUGCUGAUAUUGUAGUGUUCGAGACCCAACCUAAACUGAUAAUCUGCACCCAUCUUGAAUUGAAACAGGAAGUAUCCAACGAUAUGGGUAAAAGAUGGUUAUGUUAUCCUUUGUUCUAUUUCCCACUGCAAAUACUUGAGAACUAUGAGGAGCUAGGUUUGGCAGUUUUUCAGGCCCAGUUUGUGCUGAAUUAUGACAUGAGCCUUGUGAGUCUGUAAAAAAAAAAAAUACUCAUAGGUAGUGGAACUAAUGUACAGAACUAAUGUUUUUAACUUUAUUUUACGGUUAAAUUCUGUGAAGUUUUAGUUAUCUAAUACUUGCACAAAUGACAUGAAAUGUAAUAUGUUACAAAUAGCAAGGUAUUGUGUAAUGUAGUGUUUGUAAAAUACUCUAGUCUAACUGGUAGCUAUAGCUUGAUUUGUACAGUCAGCAUGUUAAAAUGGCUUCAUUUUAACAUUUGUAGAUGAAUAAUGUAUGUUCUGAUUUGAAGACUGAUGGAAAAUGGUGCAUGAAAUGCAUUUGCAAGCAUCAUGGACUCAAAAAACGGUAUGAGUAAAUUAACAUGUGUGCCGGGAGGUGGUUGAGUCCGUGGCCACCAACGGGCAGCCCUUAGAUCCGCUGGGCACAGAAUAUUAACCCCAUCCGUCUCAUUAAUCGUAAGAGUAACUUUGAAAUAAAAGUUUUAGAAAUA